GCAGGGCAACGAAUGUACCUCGGCAACUGGCGGCUGUGGGGAGCGGAAGGCUUCACGUACGGGACGCACUACUGGGAGGUGCAGGUGGAGGACGGCUCGGCCUGGUUCGUGGGCGUCUCUGUGAACUCGUACCGGGCCAGAUCGUGGCUGAAAUCUCUGCCCAGCAGCGGUCUGUGGCUGGUCAUGCUGUGGAACGUCGGAAAGGGCAAAUACCCGUCCAGGUCCCUCGGGAACGCCAUCAAGGUAGUGGAGAUUCCGAAGGUCGGGGUUCUGCUGGACUUCGACGGCGGGAAGGAUGGUGGAGCUGAUAUGUUCUAGUUUUGUGCUAGCAAGGUCCAGUUCGCCGCACCCCACACCGCCCCGACCCUAUUUCCUGCUUUUUCUAAUGCUCCAGGCGACAACGUGCCUCCUGUGCUGCCGAUCCAGAAAUAAGCGUGUUCCCCGGCCAAAAGGACCUUUCCUAGAAUAUUGUCAAGAGCUACUAACGAUGCGCGCGAAUUUAGUCUAAUCGUUUUUAAUCCGGCUCUAAUAUCAGUUCUGCAUUUCAGAACCUAAUAUCGUCCAAGGUAUAGGAUAUUAAAGAUUGAAAUGUUUUUAACCAAAUCAUUCUGAAAAUGUUGAUCCAGCAUUGACCUGACAAGGCUUAGAUUACAAGCGACAGCUAGUAAUAUUGAUAACCACGGGUGUCCGACGGUAUUCCUGUCCGUGCUGUAUUAACUAACGCAUGUGUUAACUCACCUGUUAUCUAUGAAGCAGAGGCGGAAUGUUCACUGUUAUUCUCUUGAAUCGCCACAACUCUGUGAAAACGCGGAAAUUCCUGGGGCCUCGGCUAGAUUGUGCUUUGCCGUCGUCCUCAAGUCCUGAACUCCGCCCUUACCUUUCAGAGACAAAUGACCAUUCUGCUCAAAUACACAAGUGGCUUUGAAAUGCCGUGUGUGAAAGUAUGAUGGUACAAACGGACUGGCACGGCUGCUCGGUUCACCAGUAUGACAUUCAUCGAAACAGAAUAGGUGUAAGAUUACACUCUUCGGCCCAUCGGGUUCGCUCCGCCAUUCAGCACAAACAUGGCUAAUCCUCUAUUUCAAAGCCAUACUUCUUACUCUGCCCCAACCCCCUUGGUGCCUUUACAGUCUAGAAAUUAUCUACUUCUUGCUUACGCAGAUUCAGUGACUUGGCCUCCACAGGUUCACCCACCCUCUGAAAGAAGAUAUUUCUCCACAUCUCUGCCCUGUAACCUGGGACCGUCUAACUGUCUCGGGUUAAUGCCAAAACAUUUCCACAGGAAGGCUAAUUGCAGGACCAUACCAUCAUACAGGAGGGAACAGUUGCAAAUGGAAUGGGCCAAUUCAUUUUUACAGCAAUUCAACUCAACCCUACCGUAGGUCAGCUGAUGGGAUAAGGCUUAAUGCACCCUGAGUAACAAUGUUGGAGAACUGUGGCAACCCAUUAAGAAGCUGAUGCAUGUGGGGACAAUGUUAGUUUUUAAGUCCCAUUGGAGGCAGUGAGAACAAUACUGGGUGGAGUUCAAAACAGAAAUUCAAAAUGGGUAAGUUCCCAAUUGUCAACUUGGUCUAAAACUCGAAUCAUAUCCCUUUAGUUCCAGCCCUUGCUGUCCAUGACUGCAGGCUCCCGCUGGGAACAAGGAAAUCACCCAGAGCCGUAGCAUCCCACCUUGUAGCAUCCAGAUAUUGUCCACGGAAAGAAAUGCAUGCCCAAUCCAUGAGUGAAAUGAAUAAAACCAACCACAUAGCAAGAGAUGUUAAGAGACCCUCCCUGCCUGCACUGUUGUGUCACUCUGAAGUUGUAGCUUUCAACUGCUCAGAGUGUAAUAGAAUCAGUCCUGAUGCUGUGGUACAAGCUUAAGUCUUCCUUUUGGAUAUUUUUCAUCAAUAUGUGAUACCUGUAGCAAAGCAGUGUGCCUGCACAGAACCAGGCUGUGUACUGUGCAUGAAUUGAAUGUCUUUCUUUGAUUGAAUUGUUCUGUGCUUCUUUUAAUAAA